AUGGCGAUGCGACUGGUGCAGAGCAGCGAAGCGGUGGCUGGAGCUUCUGGCCUUGGAUCCGGCACUGAGUCGGCCCGUCUGCUGCAGCCAAACUCAGGCACGGGCUCGGUCACAAGCCCUGGCUCGAGCUCAAGCUCGGACUCGAGCUCGGGCUCAAGCUCAAGCUCGGGCUCAAGCUCGGGCUCAAGCUCGGACUCGAGCUCGGACUCCAACUCAAGCUCGAGCUCGAGCUCAAGCUCACACUCGACAGGCUCAAGUGCCGACGCGGGCACGGCUGGCCCGUCGUCGCCGAUGAUUGCCAAGAACGAAGUCAUUGCGCUUGAUUCGGACUCGGACUCGGAUUCAGACUCCAGCAAUGAGGCAACGGAUGGGCUGCAUACGCCAAGCUCGGCGGUUUCGUCGUGGGAGGCGGCGACGCCAGAGAGCGGAGCAAGCCAACAGGACCAUUUUGUCGAGCCCAUGAGCCUGCCGAUGACUCUGCCGGAGGAGCUAGACUUGGCGGUGGCGGCGGUGCCCGAGUCGGCACGGCGUGGCUCGCUUGUCACCAAGAUGUUCUUUGACAUGGAGCAUUACGUGCUUCGUGCGAUGCGGGUGCCGGCGCCGGUGAAGCGCAAAGCGCGGGGCGAGGUUGAGAUCCCUCCGGGACCGGGACGGAAGCGGACGGUCACAUCGCUGUUUGUCUCACGACAUCUCGACGAUCUCUCACUGACAGUCUUUGGGGCAACGGUGGUGAUGACCAAGAGCCGCGCUGACGGUUGGGGCUACGGGCAUCUGCUGGCCCGCCCGGCUUCGCGCGGCUGGUUCCCGAUCAACCACACGUACCCGACAGCUAGCCUCCGCAAGUACGCACGGCCCAAGUACCCGCAGCCGAUCACGCUGCUACGGGUGUAUCCGAGCGAAGGCCUCGGCUCAACCUUUGUGCACCUGCUCCUCGCGGCGCGGUUUGAUCUAUGCGAGCGUCCGAGCCCGGGCAAGGGCGCCAUCCGACGUGUGCCUUGCAAGGUCGACUCAGCGCGCAAGGUCCGCAAGCUGGUCCGCAAAGGCUCACUGGCUGAGCCGAUGCUUCAGGCUCCGCGGUCGCCGCGGGCAAAACUGGCGGCAGCGGCCAUGAGCGCUCGGGCCCGGCGCGCAUCGGUCCAGACCGCCGCCGGGCUCCCGGUCUACGCCCUGCGACAGGAGGCGCAGCGGUUCAUCCGAGUCCUUAUUUCUAUCCAGCAGUCGUCGACACCGGCGCGGCUCCUUGUGGCGCGGCUGUCAGCGUCGUCGGUUCUGGGCGCAUACAUUGCCACCUACGAUACAGAGACUGCGUCGUUUGAUGCCAAGCGGAUGGUGCCAGUCGUGGUUUCUGCGACGUCGCUGGCCGACCGGGUGCGGAUGAACAAUCUUCGCAUCCUGUUGUACUGGCCGCCAGGACUUGAUUCAAAGCUCCUCGGUGGAACGCCGUCGGGCAAGGGCGACCGCCGGACGCUGGUACUGGUUCUCGACCUGCGGGUGGUUCCGAUCGCGCGUCCGCUCCGCUUCACCUUUGUCUUUACGGUCAAGGUCCACGACAUGCUCGCAUCACUCAAGCCGGCUGGUCACAUCCUUGUUCCGUCGUGCAACUCGCUAUUUGACAAGCUUCUGCGCUCAGCGCCGAGCCACAAUGUCGUCACCGCCUCGGUCCGACUUGAAGCAGACGGCGAUGACGAGUUUCCGCGGUCGGACCAUGCGUUUGAACCGCUGGCGUUCUUCCAGACGUGA